AUGGCCAACGGAGCAGGUCGCCGCAAAGCGCUGCGCCGGUAUGACUCGGCAACUCGUGCCCCUUCGGAUGAAGAUCCUGCGGACGAUUUGGAUUUGAACAAUGGCGACCUCACCUUUGUCUUUGACCUCGAAGGCGACAUGGACGCCAGCACAGGCGCGCAGAGGGCUGCUCCCAAAGAUCCUGAUGCUGCAAAUAUAAAUUCCACGCACGGAGAUCUGCUGCUCCCGGAGCACGUUACGAUCACCGACGAUCACGGUGAGCAAGGCGAAGGCAGCGACGAUCAGCGCGGCGACGAUGAUGAUGAGCUGGGCCACUACGAUGUGCUAGGCGGCAAAGGCGGUGAUUCCCGCUACUACAGCGAUGAUGAAGGCGAGGAUCCCAAGGUCGAGGAUCAAUGUGCACAAUGCAUGGAGAAGGGCCACAUUAAGAAGAAUUGCCCACACAUACUCUGCGUCGCGUGCGGGGCAUUUGACGAACACCAGACACGCGAGUGUCCGGUGUCCAUCAUGUGUCAUCGUUGUGGUUUAACAGGUCACAUUUCGCGGGCAUGUCCAAAUUCGCGCGGUCCAAGAGGGAUGGAAUGCCCACGCUGCUACUCGACCAAUCACCCCGAAGCGGCGUGCCCCACCCUCUGGCGCCGUUACAGAUAUCUGAGCACGUAUGAUCACGAACGGGAGCGAGCGCUCGAAGCCGCGCGUCAGGGGCGACUGCAGGAAGACCAGGGUGGUAGACACGAUGACAGCGCUGGUAGUGUGAGCGGAAGCGACAUGGACGAAGGCGAUGGAGGUGAUCGAAGAGAUUACGAGCGUACUCUGCCACGCCCUCGGCGCGACUGGGAUCCUGCACAACGCUGGUGCUACAAUUGUGCAAGGAAGGGAAAUCACUGGGGCGACGACUGUCCACAGGUGCGCGCGACGAUGAUGCGCGCAACGGGCGAACCGUCCGCUUUCAGCGAAUGGGUCUCUCACAUGGGGCCAUUUGCCCGCGACUUGCCGCCGCCUCCCCCGGACACCAGCGUCGGCGGGCUGUCAUCGCGCGACUUUACGUUCGGCGCUGGGCCGCAUUCCAAUUUUGGGAACGUCAUCGAUCCAGAUGCGCUGAUGGACGGGUACUUCAGCAGGAAAAAUGCAGGCAAGGGGAAGGGACGAGACCCUGGCGAUCGACAUGCGCAGCAGCAUAAUGGCAGAGGGCCGUCUUCUCAUGACCAGCCACGGCGGCGUCAGCCCUCACCGCCGGGCCUACCGCCUCGUGCCCAACAAGGCAAUCGGCGCGGCAGGCCAGGCGAUUGGUUCGAGAACCGCAGGAUGCAAGGAAGCAGCAGGGACAUUGACACCGAGCGCAGCUAUGAGGGACCGUAUGGCCCAGGCACCAGUCGACGGGGCGAUCGCGAUAAUGGGAGGAUCCUCGCAAAUGGUCGCCAGGCAGACUUCGAUAGGAAUGAUGCCAUCACCUUGUCCAGCGACAGUGAUGAUGAAGAUUCGGGCAGUGUGCGAGAGAUCCACGCUAGCGAAUUUGCAGGUCAGCCCGCUAACAAGAAGGCGAGAAAGAACAAGAAGAAAAAGGACCGAGGCAAGCGCUCAGGCACGCCGUCUCAAGGGUCCGAUUCCGAGUCCACCGCGGAAGGAGCAGGAGCGGCAGCGGCGACCGAGUCGGGAAUCUUGCAAAGCAAAUCAUCGGAACGAAAUCGCAAAAAACGGCACUCCAAAGCGGUUCGCGUAGAGAGAGAGCGCCAACGCGAGCAGGCCCGUACUUCGGCCACCGCUACGAGGUCUUUGAGCCCGAUAUCGCACAGGUCGCUCAGGGAGCGCAUCUCGGGUGGAUUCGUCAGGGACGAUGGAGGAGCGAGCUUACGGCUGCCGUUCCGCAUCGACACGCGCCGCUCUCGCAAAGGUUCUGCCGAUGACAAAGGUGGCAACGUUGGCAUUGCAGGGGGAGGGGAUGACAAGAGCAGCGGCGCCGGGAAGAGGAAGCGCAACAAAAAGGCGCACAAGAGGAAUGGCAUGCAGCAGGAGGCGCAGGGGACCGUGCAGCAGCGCGGCGAGCCGGGCUUCGGGCCCUUCAGCUACGAUGCAAGUGACAGGCGCAAUAGAGCAGCAGCUGCUGCUGCUAGCAGCGGCGGUAAAGGGACGUCGGCGGCGCCCGCGCCAAUGUAUAAGGGCGGGUACCUCGACUAG